CGCCGGCCGGCCGGGCACGGGGCCAUAGAGCGCGCCCGCCACCUCCAGCCGACGGGACCAGAGCCGGCCGACUCUGCGCCGGCCGCUAUGUGAAGUGGCGGCCCGGCCAACACCGCAACACGCAGAGCAAGCAGAAGGAUGCGCGCUCUCGGGCUGGCUGGCACUCUGUUGGUCAUCUCCGCAGCUCUCAUUAUCCAGCCGGCAAUAACCGAAGCCGCCGAAGAUGUGGACGGCGGCUGGACGGUCUGGUCGCUGGGCGGUAACUCGUGUAACGCCACGUGCGGCACCGGAUACUACCGAAAGCUGCGCACGUGCUCCAACCCGAGUCCGCAGGGCGCCGGCCAGCAGUGCCUCAAGCAGGACGGCGUCACCCGGGCCCUACAGGAGAUAUCCAUAGCCGAGUGCAACACUCACCCGUGCGCUAGCGGCGGCUUCUCCGAGUGGGGUAACUGCACGGUGGAAUGCAACAUCGGAAAGCAGUUCCGGUAUGCCAUGUGUGGCGGCGAAAUCUGCGCAGAGGGCACCAACCAGUACGUCGUGGAGGAGCGCGAGUGCAACACCUGGAACCGAAGCUCUUGCCCGAAGCCCUGCUUAGAGUACGCCAAGAAUUGUCCCGAGUAUGCCAUUUGCGAGGACAAGUCGGACGACACGCGGCCCAACCCCGUCUGCAAAUGCACCAUGGGUUAUGAAAUGAACAAGGCCAAAACCCACUGCCUGAGGCCGCCGCCCACCACCCCCACCCCGCGGCCCAUCCCCACAUUGGCGCCCGAGGAGAAGACGGUGGCCGUAGUGGUCUCAAAGACCGCCUCCACGGUACUCAUCGUCUUCGUCGGGAUCACGCUGACCUUGUUCCUGCUGCUGCGGAUCAUGUCCCCGGACCGAGUGAUCCAGAUGAACAUGGAGAUUGCCAUCAUCUCGGCACACAUCUGCCUCAUGUUCCCGCCCGAAACGGUCCAAGUGGAGAUAUUAUGCAGGAUCAUCUCCAUCCUGAUCCACUUCUUCUUCACGGCUUGCUUCAUGUUCAUGCUGCUAGAGUCUCUCCAUAUGUACUCCCUCGUUGCCUACGUGGUCAAAAAGGACGGCCUGUUCACGCGCGUGCAGAACACCCUGAUCGGCUGGGGCCUCUCGGCGUUCAUCGUUCUCGUGACGAUGAGUUUCGAGUACGAUAACUACGGCGGCGUCUACCACUGCUGGCUGCAGAUGGACAAGCCGCUCUGCACCGGACAGUACAUCCCCAUCAUCGCCAUUAUGAUCAUCACAUUCACGCUGAUCGAGGCGGCCGGCGCAGCCGACUACGCGCCGCUCAAAGAGGUGGACAAGUCUCAGCGGCUGUCGGCGCGCAUCUCCCAGCGGUCCAAUCUGAUCAUCAUGCCGCUAGUGUUCGCCUCCUUCGUCAUCGGCAUGCUGAGCGAGUACGAGCAGGACCUGGCGCUCUACGGCACCUUCUCUGUCCUGAACGGCAUCGUCGGCGGCGUCAUCUUCUUCUUUCACUGCACCGGCAACCAGCAGGUGCGGGCCAAGAUGGUGCGCUGCUGCCAGAUGCUGAAGCGCCGUCGCCGCCGCUGAGCGCGCCCGCCGCACGAGCAGGCUGUGCCCAGAGACCUCAGCCAGGCCGCAGAGCCUGAGGUGCCAGUGGGCGCGGCCCGUCGGCCGCCUCCUCCCGACAGGGACGGGAGCGGAGCGGCGCGAGCGGGCCCGGCUGCCCACAGCGCGCCCAGAGGCGGCGCGCCCGGCCGCCGGUACGGACCCCUGCUGCGGGUGCCGCGCCGCGGCACCAACAGCAGGGGUCCUGCCGUCCGUGUGAAGCCUAUGUUCCAGGUGUAGAGAAGCCUGGUGACGCCGGCGCGCGGCGGGCGCCGGCCGCGUCCGCCGCCGCGCCGCAGACCCUCCGUCGCAGUCGCACCGCUUCAGGACGCGCCCCUCACCGUCUCUCAGACCGAUGUCGUGUUUGUGUUGGUCGGCAGUCGGCGGUGGGUCGGCUCGCGGACCGAGUCGCCGGUGAGGCCGCUGCGCCCCGCGC